AUGAAAGAGUUCUACCGGGCUGCUUUGAUAUUUAGACCGCUGUCGCAUGAAAUGUCUCAGCGGUUUAUUUCUUCCACUGGAAAAGAAGAGCCUCAAAAUAGAAAAGAAGCUUCCAGCAUAGAUGCGAUUAUCGGGGAGCGGGCAAUCCCUUGGAUUCCAUCUUUGAUUCUUUGUAAAAGACUUGGAAUUGACCCUCCAUCGAAAAAAGAGCAUAUGCCACAAAAAUUUGUCAAAGAGAUCUUGGAUAGAGAUACGAUGCGCUUAAUGCUUAAAUCCCUCUCAUCCUCAUCGACACCUGUUCUUGAUWUGGAAUCUGAGGAUUUCGUUUAUGAUUCCAUUACUGCCUUUGAACUUAGGCCGGAGCCCUCCUUCUUUAAGGAGCUAUUUGAUACACCUGCUUCCUACAACCUUAAUAGUGAUUUAUGUAUCAGAAAUGAGACUUUGAACGAUCAACCGGUAGGAUCUGUUGAACCAAAGCCAUCGGCUGCCAAAAUCAUCUCCAAUGUCCCGAAAAAAAAUAUCGCUACCAAACAGCAGGGAAGGACUUUGUCUUUCGAUUGA